ACGUCGCAGCGGCAGCAAGUCUCUCCAACAUCCUCCAACAUCCCGAAAUCACCUAUCGACUAUUUUUCAAUUCGUUCGGCAGGAAACAAGAAUUGCCAAUUUGUUUUGUUUUGACUUUUGGCUCAGAUCACCGGCGAAUUUUAUUUUUCUCGAAAAAUGACCUAAACUUCCAAAGGCUAUAUAUUGUGACGUGUCUUUUUUUUCCAUCAGUGCCAUUAGACGGACCGAUUGAAUAACAAGUGAUUCAUUUUUCAAAUCGCAUCUACCCAACUUGGUCGAUAAACAAUUCAACAGGUCGUCCGAAUCUAACCCAGCGGGCCGUUCACAACAUCCACCAGAGGCCGAGCGCAUCUUAUGCCGUGUAUCAGCAUGUUUUCACGCUUCAAAGCGGACCGCAGCGGAGGUGGCGGCGGAAUCGGGAGCUACGGCGGCGGCGGAGGCAGCAACGGGUCCGGCGGAGGCGCCGGAGGUGGUGCCGGAGGCUCCUCCCUCUCUCAGACCCUCCUGGAAGGCAACGCCAUCACAACUUUUUUCGAAAUCGGGCGCCAAACUGCCACGGCCGGACCCGGUUACCUUUGGAAAGUUCACGACGCCUACCGUAAAAGCGACGGAAAGGAAGCGUCCGUGUUUCUGUUCGAUAAGCGGACGGCCGACAAGUUGCACAAACCGCGCCGGAAGGAAACCAUUUCCGAGAUGCUGAGACACGGCGUCCGGCAGCUGGAGCGCUGCCGACACCCGCGGCUCCUCCACGUUCUGCACUCGGUGGAAGAGACGAGCGACACUUUGGCGUUCGCCACCGAGCCCGUCUCCACUUCGCUGGGCAACGUCCUGGCCGCCCUGGAAGACGAAGUCCAGCAGCAGCAGCAGCAACCGUCGGCCGGCAGUAGCAGCAGCGGCGGCAACUCGAUCUUGACCGUCGCCGAAACUCACAACGGAAGUCGCCGGAACAGCGCCAGGGAGAUCCGCCCUCCCGAAGUCCAGCAAUUUCUCGACAUUGAAAUCAAAUACGGAAUUUAUCAGCUGAUCGAAGCGCUGAGUUUCCUGCACAUGACGGCGCACCUGUUACACCGCAAUGUCUGCCCAGGGUCGGUCCUCGUCACCCGACGAGGUACCUGGAAAUUGGCCGGUCUCGAAUUUGCAGAACGGAUGAACGAACAGGACGGAUCCGAGUCGUUGACCGUCCAGAGAUGGACCUCGCGGAUUGCCAAAAUGGCCCAACCCGAUUUGGACUUUAUCGCGCCGGAAGUGCAGACACAGUCGACGGUCAGCGCUGCCAGCGACAUGUUCUCACUGGGACUGGUGGUGGCGGCCAUCUUCAAUCGGGGCCGACCACUCAUUCAGGCCAAUCACAGCAAUCCCAAUUACACAAAGCAAAUGGAAAUGUUAAACGACCAAGUUCGAAACGUUCUUCCGUCUCUGCCCGUGGGUCUGCAAGAGGCUCUCAUCCGGCUAUUGAGCCGUGACGCCCGCAAACGACCCAACGCUCAGCUGUUGUCAUCCAUCAAAUUCUUCAGUGAUCCUGCCGUGCAUGCGCUUCAAUUCCUCGACGUCAUCAAUAUGAAAGAUCCCGGACAAAAGUCGCAGUUUUACCGCACCACUCUCAAGGAUAUUCUGCCAUCGAUUCCCAAGAAACUUUGGUUCCAGCACGUUUGGCCCAGUUUGCAGCAGGAGCUGAGAACUCAGGAGGUCCUGGCCGCCGCUCUCCAACCCAUUUUGCUCAUGAUUCAGGAGAUCUCGCCCGAUGAAUAUCAGCAGCACAUUAUGCCAACAAUCAGGCAGAUCCUGGGGGUGCCGAAAUCGAUCCAGGCCAGCGUGACGCUCCUGGAAAACUUGCACAUUAUCGUCGAGAAAACGCCGGCGGAAGAUCUGCAAGCCGAAAUCUUUCCUAUGCUCUUCUCGUCUUACGAGUCGACCACUUUACAAGUUCAGAGCGCGGCGUUGGUGGCCGUGACCAACAUCGCCGGAUCGCUAGACGACCAGAUGAUCCGCAAAAUGGUCCUGCCCAAGACCAAGACGGUGUUUGAGCGCAAUUCCGGCGACCUCAAGUUGACGUUGAACGUCCUGGCGUGUCUGGCUCAGGUCAUCGAUCGACUGGACAAGUCGGCCAUCAUCGACGAAGUCCUCCCGCUCCUCUGGGACGUCAAACUCCAAGAUCCUGAAAUCAUCCAAGAAGUUGUCAGUAUCUACCAGCGGAUGAUCAGCAACAAGAAGAACGGACUGUCCGUCAGUCUGAUGGCCACUCGAGUCAUGCCGUCGCUCCUACCGCAAACGAUGAAUCCUUCGCUGAGCCUAGAACAAUUCUCCAAUCUUCUCGAGGUCCUCCAGGAAAUGCUCGACCAUAUUGACAGGCAUCAACGUAAUAAGCUCAAGUUGGACAACCUGUCGCUGGGGACGAGUCCGGAGCGGAUGCGGCCUUUACGGCACCAGCACAGCACGGACAACAUGCACGCCGCCAACAACUUCAACAUCCCCUUCGUCAAAGUCGAGCAGCGCAAAACCUGCAGCGAGGAAAACAUGAUCAAGACCCAUUCGUCCAAUUCGGGCCCUGGAUCGCCUGAUAGCAAUUACCUUCGAGUGGCUCAAUCGCUGGCCGGCCGUCGGCUCUCAGACAACACCAAUUCCGGCAAUCGCGGACGCCCCGCCCCUUCGUCUAGUAUCCACCUGUCGCCGGCUACUUGCCUGUCCGUCGGAUCGCUGCCGACGCGUCGCCAUUCCAGCAUCGGAUCCACCGAUCGCAGACCUUCCACCGCCAACCUUUUACCUCCUUCGAGUGGCGGACCCAAUGGCAGUACGAGCGUGCCCAUGCUGAGUACGGCCUCCAUUUCAUCAUUUGGCGGACUAAGCGGCUUGACGAGCCGGCGGCCAUCGAUGUGUCCACCUACCUUUAUAACGGGCAACAGGACAGCCGAGAGCAGCAACAGUAUUCUCCAACAAAUCGGAUCGGGAGUGUACCAACUCUUUUCCGGGAAAUGAAACUCAUCCACUUUCAUCGCAAUCUCGAGAGAUUUUCUUUCCACGUCGACAUCUACCACGCGCAGCAGCCAAGCCCUUCAGUUGAGACAACAUCCAACUGUACAGAUGAUGAAUUAUGUCUAUCUAGAUAAUACUAUCUUUUUGCUACAAAUUGUUCGUUAUAAGGAAAAAACAGAAUGUUAUUAGAUAGAGAACAAAGAAUCAUUUCUUCCCGAAUCUUCCAUGAUUGACCGACCAUACAUAGCAGUUGAAGACAAAAAGCUGCUUAUUUUAAAUGCACCAACUUCACUAGAAAAAAAAAGAAAAAGAUUUUUAAAGAAUUGUUUGUAAACAAUAUCAGUUAUAUUUUCUCCUCUUAAACAGGCGACUCGAACCUGUUUGUAUACGCUUAAUUUCGUCUCGUGCCCUCUCUUGAGAAAUAAAUCCCCCCCCCCCCCCCCAAAAAAAAAAAGAUUCUCACUCGAGACCUUUCCAACAUGAUGUAUUCAAAUACCUUCUCUUAUAUCGCCCAUGUACACGAAAGUGGUCAAAAAAUAAACACAAGACAAGUGUUCAUCAAUGA